GAUGCCAAGCGGCUGAUUGGGCGUCGGUUCGACGACCCCGUGGUGCAAAAGGAUAUGAAGCAAUGGCCUUUCAAAGUAGUGGAAAAUGAAGGUGGAAUGCCUAAAAUCGAAGUGACGUUUAAGGGUGAAACCAAGAGUUUCUUUCCUGAAGAAGUGAGUGCAAUGGUGCUGUCCUCACUCAAGGACCAAGCCGAGUCAUACCUCGGUGCGACGGUGCGCAACGCCGUGGUAACAGUGCCGGCGUACUUCAACGAUUCCCAGCGUCAGGCCACCAAGGACGCCGGCACCAUCGCAGGUCUCAACGUGCUGCGCAUCAUCAACGAACCUACUGCUGCUGUUCUUGCUUACGGACUGGACAAAACCGAUGACGACGAAGAACGUAACGUGCUUAUUUUCGACUUGGGAGGCGGGACUUUUGACGUCUCUGUACUGACCAUAGAGGAAGGCAUCUACGAGGUCAGAGCUACCGCCGGCGACACUCACUUGGGUGGUGAAGAUUUCGACGCACGUAUGGUAGAGUAUUGUCUUACUGAGUUUGAAAAGAAGCACGGUAUAGAUUUGCGCGAUGACAAAAAAGCCCGGAUUAGAAUUAAGAAGCAGUGUGAGCGCGCUAAGCGUACUCUGUCCACAGCAAUGCAAGCAAGUAUUGAUAUUGCUGGACUGCAUGAAGGUGAAGAUUUUCACAUAAAUUUCACUCGAGCACAGUUCGAAGAGCUGAACAGAGAUCACUUUGAGAAAACUUUGGCGCCUAUGGAGAAAGCAUUGCGCGAUGCCAAAAUAGACAAGGCGGAUAUCAACGAUGUCAUUCUUGUAGGAGGUUCGACCAGGAUCCCGUUUAUUCAAAAUCUCGUGUUUGAUUUCUUUGAGAACAAGAAGUUGAACAAGAGCGUGAAUCCUGACGAGGCUGUUGCGUACGGAGCGGCUGUGCAGGCGGCGAUCCUGGACGGGGAUCCUUCAGAAACUAUGAUGGAAUUGGUGCUCGUGGACGUGGCGCCUUUGUCGCUGGGAAUCCACACUAUUGGGAAUGUUAUGACUAACUUGAUAGAGCGGAAUACUGCUAUCCCUACAAAAGCAACGCAGACUUUUACCACCGCAGUGGACAAUCAACAGCAGGUUCUCGUUCAAGUUUACGAAGGUGAACGCAUUAUGACGCGUGAAAAUAAUAUUCUGGGUGAAUUUACCCUUACCGGUAUCCCGCCAGCUGCGAAAGGGGUUCCACAAAUUGAUGUCACUUUCGAAAUUGACGAAGACGGAAUACUCAGCGCGUCUGCUGUCGAACGUAGCACUAAUAAAUCGAAAAAAAUCACUAUAACGAAUGACAAAGGCAGGCUUUCCAAGCACCAGAUCGACAGGAUGGUCAAAGAAGCUGAAAUGUACAAAAAGGAAGAGGAACAAAUAAAAAUCUCAGCCCAAGCGAGAAAUGCACUCCAAUACUUUUGCUACAGCAUGCGGUCGAAAGCCGAAAACAAAACACUGAAGGAUCGUAUACAACCAGAAUCGAAGACAGCCAUCUUGGAGAAGUGUAGAGAAAUACUCGGCUGGCUCGAGGACAACCAGCAGGCUUCAGCUAAAGAGCUGAAUAGCAAACUGAGCGAUCUCGAACGCGUUUGUCUGCCGAUUAAGAACUUGUAAACAAAGGCUAGAUCUUGCCAGGUCAUGAAAGAACAACGGCAUAAUCAUAGUCAAAAGAAUUCGUUGGCGUCUUCAAAUGUUAUAAUUACAAGUUUGAAUAAAAUAAAUCCAUUAGUUUUUUACUUUUCAAAUUU